GGUCUCCAGCUUUUUCCAACCAUUCCCUCUACAGCCUCUCUUCGGGAAUUAACGAGUCAGCAAGGGAAAGGAGGAAAAAAAGUGUAUUUGGAACUGCGUGGUGAAGAUUUUAUUAAACCUUUGUGUGAAAUCAGAAAAAACGCCCACACAAAGUGCAAACAAGCGCUAGUCCCUCUGGGAGAACGGGUUGGAAGCAAGUUUCGUGUACCCUCGGAAGGCACCUACGGCGUCUCUCCUCAAUCUCCGUAAUUCUAUCCAGGGUGUUGGGAGGGGGGCGUGAAAAGGGAGGAUUCCAGUGCGCUUCGCCAGCGGGAAGAGGAGGCAAGGGUGGAGUUUCCACAGAGCGCCCCACGGCUUGCUUGGCGAAGAGCUCUAUCUCUCCCCGUCCCACUGUUCCUGCCUUUCACUCGGACGAGCCUUGGAACAGCGAGGACCCAACUUCUCAGCCGCGAGGGUCAUGGCGGGGACUUCGUUAUACUUGGUAGUUCUGCUGGCGAUGGGCUCGCGCUUCAGCCUCGCGUACCAAGGAUCAGGAUAUUCACCAAUAGAAGAUGAUGAAGAUGUGUAUGCACGCAAUAAGUAUAAAGAUGCACCAUGGUGCUCUCCUAUCAAGGUAAAAUAUGGUUAUGCAAAUUGCAGAAGUCCUAUGGAAGGGUAUUACAGAAAUGUCUUGGGGACCACAUGUGGCAUUCAUUGUCAGAAAGGUUAUGAACUGAAUGGUCCUCAACAUCUUAUUUGCCAGUCAAACAAACACUGGUCUGGGAAAGUUUUCUGCAAACAAAAACGCUGCCCAACACUUUCAAUGCCACCUAAUGGAGGAUUCAAGUGUGUCGAUGGUGCAUACUUUAAUUCCAGGUGUGAGUAUUAUUGCUCACCAGGAUAUCAGUUAAAAGGAGAUAGAGUAGUACAAUGUAUGGAUAAUAAAGCAUGGAGUGGAAGACCAGCUUCUUGUGUUGAUAUGGAAUCGCCAAGAAUUCAGUGUCCAAGUGUAAAGGAGAAAAUAGCAGAACCCAAUAAAUUAACAUCCAGGGUAUUCUGGGAUACUCCAGAGGGACGAGAUACUGCUGAUGGCAUUUUGACAGAGUGAUGUGUCUUGAAAGGACUUCCACCAGGAUCAUAUUUUCAGAAGAGAUCACAAAUCCAAUAUACUGUGUAUGACAGAGCUAGGAAUAAGGGAACUUGCAAAUUUUUGGUCAAAGUCAGAGUUAGGCGCUGUGGAAUAUUGAAUGCCCCUGAGAAUGGCUACAUAAAAUGUUCUGGUGAUGGAGAUAAUUAUGGUGCAACUUGUGACUUUUCCUGCAUUGGUGGAUACGAGUUGCAGGGAAGUCCAGCAAGAGUUUGCCAGUAUAAUUUAAGCUGGUCAGGAACAGAGUCAACCUGUACAUUGAUAAAUAUUAAUAUUGGUGUGAGGACAGCAGCAGCUCUUCUAGAUCAGUUUUACGAAAAACGAAGGUUGCUUAUUAUAUCCACUCCUACUGCAUCCAAUUACUUUUACAGAAUGCAGCUGGGAAUAUUGCAGCCAGCACAAUGUGGUUUAGCUCUCCGGCAUGUUACAGUGAUUGAAUUGGUUGGGGUUUAUCCAGCACAACUGGGAAGAAUAGGAUUAAGACUGAUGCCUCCUGCCUUGGCUGUACAACUCAGGUUGUUACUUCGUAUCCCUCACUAUAACUUUUAUACGGUAGUAGUUGAUAAACAUGGUGUGGACAAAGAACGAUAUCCUUUUCCAGCAACCCCUGCUGAACUCUUUGCGCUCAUUGACACUUUCCCUUUGAGAAAAGAAGAAAUGAAAUUGCAAGCUGAAAUUGGCCGGUCUUGUCUCUUUUAGACUAGAUACGUUCAGUAUUUUGGCUGUCUAAAUUUUUCUGGUGCUACACAAAGUGUGAGAUUAUAAAAGUUACUGCUGUACAGAACUUUUUUCUUGUAUGUAUAUGUGUGUGUGUGUGUGUUUAGGCUAUGGAUGUUGCAAACUUUUUAUUUAACCUAUAAAUGAUACCCCUUUAUUUUCUGCUGUGAAAGGUUGUUGUAAUGAUUUUGAAUUGCUUUGGUUAACCCUCCAGAAUAUUAGUUCCCAUGUAAAUGUUUUCAUUUCUUUCACAGAUCUUUUAUUAAUAAAACAUUUUUGCAUUUUA